GGAGACUCUGUGUUGUUUUAAAAGUUUCUAAUUUUCUUUGUUGUGAAAAAUAUGAUUAAAUUAAGCUAACUUAUCGGUAGAGUUCCAUGAUGGUUUACCACUGCAUUUGGAUGGGUAUCAACUGAGUGUGUUGUCGAAUCAAGCUCCGGGUAAUGGAGUUCAAGUACGCCAGCUGGAUCGUGCUCAGUGUGGGUGUUUCCAUCAACAUACUUGGCUUGUUUUGGUUCAUCGCAGCAAUUUUCGGCUUGGUCAGCUUUGCUGUUGGGUUUUUAGCAAUACUCUACCUUCAACAUGGUGACCUGGAUAAAUUCCUCGACAGUGGGCUGCUGGAGAAUCCUCUGGAUGAGCCAAAAACACUCGGGCUCAGUAUCGUAUGUGCUCAGAAACCCAAUAAUAUGAUUUUAAUCGCACCUAAUAUAAAAGUGCAAACCGAAUCGACAAAAAAAUCGAAACAUCAUUUCUCUGGCACGUCUUCGGAGCAAGGUCGGCGGCGAAAUUUGCUCGAUGCCGGCAUUGAGUUACUCUUUAAAAAGCGACCCGCAGAGGGAGCCGGUGCAAGUAAUGGUUCUGGAGCCAGCACUAGUAGCGGGGCUAAUAGUGGUAGUAGUGGUGGCUUGAUCACCGAUCAUCUCAUGCAUAAGGGCCAUCUGCAUUUCCACCAAAAGGAUAAUACCAUUCUAGAUAACACCCGGAAACCACCGAGUGGGGUGACAAGCGGAUCGGGCAAGCAGCAACCUUCGCCUACCGGAGAGGAACGAGCUAACCGGUGGAGACCAUUCGAGAGUAUAAAAAUUCAUACUGAUAAAGGAAAACCACUUGCAGCACAUCAACAGUUUGGCUCGCACGAAGGAUCGCAGAUAGCGGACAAACAGCAACAUCGAAAACGUGACGCCGGAACCAUUUCAGUUGGUGAGGAAGUAACCGCCAGCUCAUCUUCACCGUCACCACUGGCUUCGUUCAAAUCAUAUAUAACUCAUCCGGAGGUACUGUUGCACCGAGAUUCGCCACCAGGUUCACCUCGAAAGAAGAAAAUACUCAGCGGAAACAAAGCUGUGGACAAACUGAUUCAUACGAUCGUCGAUUACGUGAUAAGAGAUUUCAUCAACUCGUGGUACACUGUUGUGUCUGAUAGUCAUGAGUUCAGCGAUACCAACAUUCGCACCAGCGUGGAAACGCUUGUCCUCAAAGUAUGCCAACGUAUCAAGGUAGCGGAACUGCUUCCCCUCAUGACCACUAAGGUGAUAGAUGAUCUGGCCCGACAUACGCGCUUCUAUCGGUUGGCCACACAGGAUGUUAGUAAUAAUUCGAAACCGCUCAACGCGAACAAUCAGAAGCGGAUGAAAAUUCACGAAAAGUUGUCGCCGCAAAAAAAGAGUCUUCGAGGCAACGGUCACCGACGGAACAAAAGUGAUACAGAUUUAACAUGGCAUUUGGGAAAUGCUGCUCUGCAAAAAAAUGUAGCUAAUUCAAAGUUUUAUGGUGUGCAAGCGGAUGAGCAGUCACUGGUCGAUCCGGAGAUGAUGCUCUUAAAUUCGUUCUUUGGAUUCAGUGACGAAUACAAACUGGAGUGUUUAGAUGAAAAUGCGUUGCUUGAAUAUUUCAAACGAAUCGCCGAAACAGUAUUAUAUUUUACUCUGCCAGAGGAAGAUUUUAACUGUUUAACAUUGCGUACGCUUCUGUGCAACAUUCUGGCGAACAGUAUCCUCAAGCCAAUGUUUUCCACGCUGGCUGAUCCGGAUUUCAUCAAUCUGCAGAUUGCGAAGCACUUCACCAAAGAGCUGCCCAGCGGGGAAUUCUUACUGAAAAUGAUUCGCCAGUCGAACGAUCUGUCCGAACUGCGUGCGUGCAGGCAGCUGAUCAUUAAAGAAAUGGACGCCAAGCAUAAGGACACAAGCUAUACGGCCGAGUUGGCCAGUUUGAAGUACACACAGAAGUUGAUCGACCUAAGAAUUAGUAACCUUCAGAAUAAUAAGAACGACCGAGGUAAAAGCGAGAAGGAGAAAUCGGUUUCGAACCUACCGUUGCUCAGUUUGGAUGAUAUUCUACGUAAGGAGCUAGCUGUUUCGUACUAUCUGGAUUAUCUAAGCGUACUGAAUUUGCAGAAAUAUGUGAUAUUUUAUUUAACCGCUCAAGAGUGGAAAAUAACAACGAGCCAAAGCUUUUCGGAAAUUCAAGUUAACAAGACUAAACUGAGCCGGGAAGAAAUUAUGCGUAUUAUUCGGGAAAAAGCCAACAAUUUAUUUCAAGAGUACCUUGUCCCCAAGUCGCCAAACUAUCUGAACAUCGAUCCGGGCCUAAUCGAAGCGCUGAGCAUACGGAUUCACGACACCUUCAUGCAACCGGAGAACACCUGGUUUGAUUCAAUCUGUAAAUACGUGUAUGAAAAGCAGAAAAAUGAGGAGGUCUUCCUGAGUAAUUUCUAUCAAAGUUCGGCCUACAAACAGCUGCUGAGGGAAUUGGAUUUCAGCAAUGCUCCUGAUCAGGAGCUACCUUCACUGGAUCACCUGGGAGUGUCGAUGAGUUUGAUGGACAACCUGAGCGACACCAAUUCGGGCGAUCUGCGUUUCGAUGAAACAGACGAUGACGAAGCUACCGGAACUGGACCAAUAACCUAUUACCAAAGUGAUAUCAAAGAAGAACAUGACGUAAAGGCGAAUCUGCCUCAAAAUGCACGAAAAACCCCCUUGGCGCCGGAUGCGAAUUUGCUUCCGGCGGUAAUCAACGUGAAGCAUGCGCGGUCGCACAGUGAUUGCACGGGAAUGUACAGCACCAUUAAUGAUAUUAAUAUAGAGCAACUAAAAGGAUCGGACUGUUCCAGCAACGAUUCGGGCAAUGAGUUGGCUGUUCCAGCUGCUUCAAACUCCUCAAGUUCUUCGAUGCUGGAUUGCCCGUCUGCACAACCUCCAGUUGAGAUACAUAUCGACCAAAAGUCUGAAGGCACGCAAGAUUUCAAGCAGAAACUUUCUGCCAACAUUAUCAACACUGCGAUUCACUGUGACGGGCACUAUGCCGUCUAUGCGAUUCAAGUAUGUGUUAUCGAUGAUAACCAACAGAAGAGCAGUUGGCACAUCUAUCGAAGGUAUUCAAAGUUUUUGGAAUUGAAGAAGUUUCUAGUGAAACGGUUUCCAUUCCUGUCGGAAGUGCCGUUUCCGGCGAAGAAAACUUUCCAGAACACGCAGCGUGCGGUGCUGGAGCAUCGAAUGAGAGUAUUGAAUUUGUUCAUGCUCGAGAUUUGUGCCAAAGCGGAAAAUAACGAUGAAAUGCGUUCGAUUGUAAGAAAUUUCCUGGAACCAGAUACCGAUGAUCGGAAGAUGCACGGUGGAGCCGUCGUGAAAACGAUCGAAAGUUUUAAAUCUGGGAUGAGUAAAAUUAGGAACAUGCCCGACACAUUAGUUGGUGGAAUUUCCAGAAUGUUUCUAGGCAAAGGACCACUGAAAGAACGUACCUUUUAUGACAUUCAGGACAUACCGACGCUGGAAUCGAAACAGUCCGAAUAUCCAGCCCUAACAUCGGCUCUGAACUUGCUGGACGAGGUGUUUGAUUUGCAGAACAAAUCUCAGUGGUUGCGAAGAGGUUUGAUCAAUCGGUUGCUGGGAGCACCCUGGGUUAGUCAUGCGACGAAUAAGAAAAUUGUACAACUCGCCAAUACGAUGCUGGCGGCGGAUAAGGUCGAAGCUGUGCUGUUGGCUAUUCUCAACAACGUUUGGCCCGAAGGUGAUCGCUUCAAUCCGAACCCGCCGCUCCGGGAGGACAGUACUAAACUGCGCACCAAACUUGCGGCCAAAAUUGCCCUUUUUGCACUGUUGUCCGAUGAUCUUAAACACGUCGUUGGAUCCGUCACGUGCAACACUGGACUGCUAAAUUUUUUCCAAAUGCUGCAGAAUAAAAAAUUGAACACUAGGCUGCUGUUGAUUUUGAUGGAUCGCUUAUUGUUGCUGUUGUUUCAGACCGACAGCAUGACCAAACAUGCUAUCGCUGUCGGCGGUGCUGCCGGCAGAGGUGACAGUUGUGAGGAUAGCGGGCCGUUCCGUAUCAAUACACCGUCCGGGUCGACAUCAAGCUCAAGAAAGUCUUCCCGGCAUCACUACUGAAGGAUAUUGCACGGUAGAUCCGCUCACAGCACAGGUAACAGUGAAACAUCAGAAUCAUUCCACCAAUAACGAGCAAAAAACGAAACAAUUAAGAUUAGCUCACGAAGAAAAGUAGAAACAAAACUAGGAAAUUGAUAUGCUAUAGGUAUAAGCAUAAAAUCGAAAGAUGCUAUAUUUUAUUUUUUUAGUAAUCUUUUGUUUACUUGCCUUUAUUUCUCGAAAUGCUUGCAUUUAUAUGCAAUUGUCUGCUGAAAUAUGGGAAAUAAUUCUAAAUCCCUCAGAUAUAGUUUAUUUUUAUUCACCCUUUUUGGGUUUAAUUUUUUUUGUUGAAAAA